UCCAUUGAUAUCCCUCAAGACAAGAUUGUCAAAAAGGGAUCCUUUAGGAAGAAGAUAGAGAAGCUGAGGAGAUGGAGCACCUCCUCAGGUGGCAGCUUCAAACGGCCACCUAAAACCAAGACCCUCAGCCUAAACUCGCCCACUGACCCUGAGGAGGAACCCUUCAAAGGCGAGACCGAGCGCAGGAAACUCAGACCCAUUGUGGCAUCUGUCUUUGGUCAGGGGAUGCCCACCCUUGAGGGCAGUGGAGUGCCAAUGGCAGCUGCUGUGUUAGGGGGCAGUGAUGAUACAGCAGCUGAUGAUGAGGAUGAUGAAGAGUUGGGGGCCGAUCGACAGUUUGAGGAGCCCAUAUGUGCUCUUGUGCAGAACUGUACCAUGCUGCAUAACAUCGUGGGCCCCGCUUGCAUCUUUCUCCGGCAGAGCUUCACUCAGGCUCAACUCGACAGAGAUCUACGGCCAGAGGAAGUUGAAGAGCUGAAAGAAGCCUUCCGAGAGUUUGACAAAGAUAAGGAUGGCUUCAUUAGCUGUAAGGAUCUGGGCGAGUGCAUGAGGACGAUGGGCUACAUGCCCACAGAGAUGGAGCUGAUUGAACUCAGUCAGCAGAUUUGUGGUGGUAGAGUGGACUUUGAGGACUUUGUAGACCUGAUGGGCCCAAAGAUGCUGGCUGAGACAGCAGACAUGAUCGGGGUGAAGGAACUAAGAGAUGCUUUUAGAGAGUUUGACUCUAAUGGUGAUGGUCAGAUUAGUCUGGCUGAACUGAGGGAAGCCAUGAAGAAGCUGAUGGGAGAGCAGCUCAACCACAGAGAGAUUGAUGAGAUCCUUAGGGAUGUUGACCUUAAUGGAGAUGGGCUGGUUGACUUUGAAGAGUUUGUGCGAAUGAUGUCUCGCUGAUUUUGAGAACAUCUGAAAAAGGAAGAGAACGAUCAGUUUGCCUCCUAAUGUGAAGAUUGUUGUAAUACGCAUCUCCUUUAAAUAACUAACAUGCUGUUUCUCCAUCCAAA